AUGUUUCACACCCUUUAUAUCUGGGUUCAGGUUCAGGUAGUUAACUGGGAAAAAAAGGCUGCUGUUGCAACUUUUGAAGUUUUACCAGAGGUGCCUCCCCACAUCAUAGCCUCAAAGGUGUUGCAACUUUUGAACAGUUGUACUAAAGUUGUACCACAUCAUAUUCUCACAGAUGAUACAACUUUUCGACAUUUGUACCAGAGGCGUCUCCCUACAUUGCAACUUUUGGACAUUCGUGCCAGAGGUAUCUCACCGCAUCAUAUUGUCAGAGACAUUGCAACUUUUGGGCAUUUGUACCAGAGGCUCCUCACCGCAUCAUAUUGUCAGAGACAUUGCAACUUUUGGGCAGUUGUAGCAGAGGCGUCUCACCGCAUCAUAUUCUCAAAGACGUCCCAACUUUUGGACAGUUGUACCAGAGGUGCACUGCGGAAAAGAUUGGGGCCUCACCACAUCUCAUACAGCCUUGGGUGCAUUUAUCUGCUGCAGCCAACCUCCAUUGUGAAGCGGCAAAUAUUUUAUUUUAAUCACUGA